AUGGCGGAAGGUCUGCAGUCGUGGGAGUUUCUGGAGACUCUGCCAGGAACCCAAUUCUACCGGCUGUAUCGAAGCCCGGCAGCCGCCCUCGCCAUUUUCAGGAAACGACUGUCUCACCUAGCGAAGUCCUUUGUUAUGGCUAUGCUUUAUAUGCCCUCGCCUCUCCCUCUCAAACACUUUGAGUUGAUGGUUAAAGACGACAGCCGAAAGGAGUGUGAAAGUGCCAUCGAUCUACUCUCGAGAUACCAUAUCUUCAAAGAAGUCAGGUCAAGCUCAGGUCGUGGUUACACGCUGACUCCGGACUUUGCUAAAUCACUCCGAAGCGCUCUUACUGGAGUCGACAAAGGGUACUCUUUUGGCGACAUCACCAAUGUUCCCCGAAGCGAACGCGUGACCAUUGACUUCCUCGAUGAUUAUGCCCGCCGCCAGUGGGAAGGAAUAUUGGGAUACAUGGUUAGCUCCUCGGAGAACCCCAUCGAAAGUUCUGAACCUUUGAAUCGACCGUCGCCGCAGAUCAUCGAACUUUUGAGGUUCGGGGGAUUGGUAGCAGGCUCAAAAGUCACUCCUGACAUCACCAAGGAGGGCUUCUCCUUCGUUCUGCAGGACCUCAACACUCAAAUAUGGUCAUUAUUGUUCUUAUACGCAGACACUGCCGAGCAGUUCCAGUUGGACACCAUCGAUGUGCUGUCGUUCCUGCUGCACGUCUCAUCACUUGAGCUGGGAGAGGCUUAUUCCACAACUACUUUGGACGAAACCCAGCAAAAAUGCCUCGAUGAUCUUCAAUCGUCCGGCAUCGUCUAUAUGCCCAGGUACAGUGAUGGAAACCGGGCAGCUUAUUUCUAUCCCACUCGUCUGGCCACGACCUUGACGUCUGAUUCUUCCAACACAAUCUCAGCGACCAAUGCUACCUUAGGUUCUUCGUUAUCGUCUUCGGCUCCCGGUCAAGGAUUCAUCAUCAUCGAGACGAAUUACCGCGUCUAUGCAUACACUAAUUCACCACUCCAAAUCGCGCUCCUUGGUCAGUUCGUUCGGCUUCGAUCGCGCCAUGCCAACCUUGUCACGGGCAAGAUGACGAAAGGUUCCAUCCAGAGGGCUAUCCAUAGAGGCAUCACAGCUGAACAAAUUAUCUCCUACCUGUCGUCUCACGCACAUCCGCAGAUGCGCAAGAGAGCACAGGCGGAACAAGCUAUAAUGAGAGCCCGCAACAUGGAUGGAGGCAGAACUGUGCCUGUCGUGCCGCCGACCAUUUUGGACCAGAUCCACCUGUGGGAGAUUGAACGAGAGCGUAUGACAGCCACAGUCGGAUUCAUGAUGCGAGACUUUGACAAAGACGACGAGUAUCGGGCAGCCGUGCGAUAUGCAGACGAGAUCGGCGUUCUCGUCUGGAAAUCUGACAAGAAGAGGAUGUUCUUCGUGAGCCGUCUAGACCAAGUCCGAGCAUUUCUUUCGGAGAGACGGAGAUGA